CCAAUGGGUUUGACUGGUCCCACUGGUCCCAUUGGUCUGGCUGGUCCCACUGGUCCAAUGGGUCCCACUGGUCUGGCUGGUCCCACUGGACCCACUGGUCUGACUGGUCCCACUGGUCUGACUGGUCUGACUGGUCUGACU